AUGACCACCUCAUUCUCUGACCUCCUUGCUUCUCCAACCGACCACAACCUCGGAGUCUCCGAAACUGGGUCGGGUAGUGUGCCCGAAUUGAAGUGUACACAGCCUCCAUCUCUCCCUCUUUCUCCUUCUUCUUACUUUGCUAUCCCUCAUGGGAUGAGCCUUGCCGAGCUUCUUGACUCCCCUCUUCUCCUUAACUCUUCUAACAUUUUUCCAUCUCCAACAAAUGGAGCAUUUUCUGGUCAGGGCUUCAAUUGGAAGAGUAGUUAUGAAGAAAACCAAAAGAAUGUUAAAGAAGAAGACAAAAGCUUCUCAACUUACUUCUUCCAAAAUCAAUCACAGCCUCCUGUUCCAUCCACAACUGAGUUUCAAUCUUCAACCUGCUCAGUUCAAACCGGAUGGAGUUUUCAGGAAACCUCUAAACAAGAUAGUUUUUCUUCAGAAAUGAGUAUGAGUAUGACAAAAACAGAAAACUCUUCUUCGAUGCAGAGUUUCACCCCUGAGAACAUUGCUAGUGUACAAAACAACCACAAAAGUGGUUUUCAAUCGGAUUAUAACAAUUACCACCAACAAGUACAGACCUUAAGCAGAAGAUCAGAUGAUGGUUACAAUUGGAGGAAAUAUGGGCAAAAACAAGUGAAAGGAAGUGAAAAUCCAAGAAGCUACUACAAAUGCACAUACCCCAAUUGCCCAACAAAGAAAAAGGUUGAGAGUUCUUUAGAUGGCCAAGUUACUGAGAUAGUUUACAAAAGUACACAUAACCAUCCCAAGCCUCAGGCUACCAAGAAGAACUCAUUGUUUGCAUCAUCACUCGGAAUUCCUCAUUCAAAUCAUGUCAGCACUGAAAUACAAGAUGCCCCUCAUGUCAGUGGACCAAUGGAUUCGGUUAUGACCCCGGAUAACUCUUCAAUAUCAAUGGGAGAUGAUGAUUUUGAGCAGAGUUCCAAGAAGAGUAAAUCAGGAGGAGAUGAAUUUUAUGAAGAUGAACCUGAUGCCAAAAGAUGGAGAACAGAAUGUGAAAAUGAGGGUAUAUCAGCAGCAGGAAACAGAACAGUGAGAGAACCCAGAGUUGUAGUUCAAACAACCACUGACAUCGAUAUUCUAGAUGAUGGUUACAGAUGGAGGAAAUACGGGCAGAAAGUAGUCAAGGGAAAUACAAAUCCAAGGAGUUACUACAAGUGCACAAGCCCAGGAUGUGCAGUGAGGAAGCAUGUAGAGAGAGCCUCAAAUGAUCUAAGGGCAGUGAUCACAACCUAUGAGGGAAAGCACAAUCAUGAUGUCCCUGCAGCACGUGGCAGUGGUAAAAAUUGUUUUAACAAAUCACUGCCAAAUACCACAAACAGCAUCAUCAGUGCAGCACCUGCUAUAAGGUCCUUGAAUGUGACUCAGUACACUAACAAUUCAAUCAACAAUUCUCUUCAGAGUAUUAGACCAGCAGCACUAGAACGACAAUCACCCUUCAACCUCGAGAUGAAUCCAAUGGAGUCUUACAUCAUGAAUCACCAAUAUGACAAUGUUUUUUCUUCCAGAGCCAAGGAGGAGCCUGUAGAUGACUCCUUUUUUGAAUCUUUGCUAUGUUAAAGGAAUACUUUUUCCUUUUUGCAUAGUUUUUUGGAUGGUUGGAAUUUUUGGAAGGGAGUGAUUUAGGAUUGUAUUUGACUAAUAAGA